UAAUUACACUCCUACACACCUUCCUGUGGAACCUUUGACUCCAGAUGGCUGGAAUGAAGAAAGUACUGGUUGCUGCUCUUGUUGCUGCCUUUGCAGCUUUCAUUGGACACAGAAUCCUUAAACUACAGCAAAUCCUCGCCAACAGAGAAGUGACUGUGAAACACCUCAAGUGUCAUUAUUUAAAGAAUAUUGAAUAUGGAGCAGAGGAUAUCACAAUACUAAGAGAUGGACUGGCAUUUCUAAGCACAGGGUUGAAAUAUUCCGUACUGCCCUCGUUCUCUGAUGAACCAGGUAAAAUAUACAUUCUGGAUCUGCUGCACCCAAAACCAACUCCAGUGGAGCUGCAAAUCAAGGGAGACCUGGACCUCAGCUCCUUCAACCCUCAUGGCAUCAGUGUAUACACUGAUGAAGCAGAUGACUCUGUGUACCUGUUUGUUGUCAAUCACCCUCAGAACAAAAGCCAGGUGGAGGUCUUUCACUUUGUUCAGGAGAACACACUUGUGCACCUAAAAACUAUCACCCACCCUCUACUCCACAGGCAUGUAUUAUAUAAUAAGCCAUUCGCAGUAUCACACAUUUUACAUCGGACAAUCUAUACUUUUAUCUCAUUUAUCAUUUCUAUCAGUGUAAACGACAUUGUUGCAGUCGGAGUGGAGAACUUCUACGCCUCAAAUGAUCGUUUCUUCCUCAAUGAUGCACUUCAAUUUCUGAGCAUCUUCCUGGGGGUCCCCUUUUGUCAAGUGGUGUACUACAGUCCAAAGGAAGUGAGGGUGGCAGCUGAUGGCAUUUCGUCUGCAAAUGGCAUCAACAUAUCGCCUGACAAACAGUAUAUUUAUGUUUCAGAUAUUAUAGACCGUGAAGUAGAUAUUUUUGAGAGACGAGAAGAGGAACAGUUAGUGUAUCUUAAGUCUGUAGCUGUUGGGUCACUCUGUGAUAACAUCGAUGUGGACCACAGAACAGGUGACCUAUGGCUGGGUUGUCAUCCAAAUUCCAUGAAGUUGUCAAAAUAUGACCCAGAGGAUCCACCUGGCUCCGAGAUCAUCCGGAUCAAGGACAUUCACUCAGAGCAGCCGGUGGUGAGCCAGGAGUACGUUGAUAACGGCCACGUGCUCCAAGCCUCCACUAUAGCAGCUCCCUACGAGGGAAAGCUGCUCAUUGGCACUGCUUUCCACAAAGCCUUGUGUUGUGAUUUGAAAUAACCUGUGUGUCAGUGAUCACUGUUGUUUAGGAUUGUACUUGAUACAUACACUGGCUCAUUGUGUGCAGCUAAUAAUUGAAAAGUUGAUUAAAACAAUGUCAUUGUGAAGC